AUGGGCAGCCCCCGAUCGGCGCUGAGCUGCCUGCUGUUGCACUUGCUGGUUCUCUGCCUCCAAGCCCAGGAAGGCCCGGGAGGGGGGCCUGCGCUGGGCAGGGAGCUCGCUUCCCUGUUCCGAGCUGGCCGGGAGUCCCAGGGUGUUUCCCAACAGGUAACUGUUCAGUCCUCACCUAAUUUUACACAGCAUGUGAGGGAGCAGAGCCUGGUGACGGAUCAGCUCAGCCGCCGUCUCAUCCGGACCUACCAACUCUACAGCCGCACCAGCGGGAAGCACGUGCAGGUCCUGGCCAACAAGCGCAUCAACGCCAUGGCAGAAGACGGGGACCCCUUUGCAAAGCUCAUUGUGGAGACGGACACCUUUGGGAGCCGGGUUCGAGUCCGAGGAGCUGAGACAGGCCUCUACAUCUGCAUGAACAAGAAGGGGAAGCUGAUUGCCAAGAGCAACGGCAAAGGCAAGGAUUGUGUGUUCACGGAGAUCGUGCUGGAGAACAACUACACGGCCCUGCAGAACGCCAAGUACGAGGGCUGGUACAUGGCCUUCACGCGCAAGGGUCGGCCCCGUAAGGGCUCCAAGACUCGGCAGCACCAGCGCGAGGUCCACUUCAUGAAGCGACUGCCCCGCGGCCAUCACACCACAGAGCAGAGCCUGCGCUUCGAGUUCCUCAACUACCCGCCCUUCACGCGCAGUCUGCGCGGCAGCCAGAGGACUUGGGCCCCCGAGCCCCGAUAG